CCCUAUACCUAUUCCAUGUUAAAAUCAUAUCUCAUGUAUCUUUGCAGUGAAGCACAUCUCUGCCUUUAAAGAAUGGCAGAUGUCCCUGGAGCGGAACAGGGAGUCCAGGGUAGCGGAUCAGCACUGUCAACAAGUGCUGAACGUUUGGCGACAUCUGGACCCUACCCUGGCAGUCGCCUCUGUUGUGGAUGUGGUCCGCGUACGAAACCUGUGGUUUUCCUGGGCAACGGAUAAAUAUGCACCAGGGACAAUAAGAAGUUAUAUUGGGUCCCUCAGAGACUUGUAUGAGUACCUGAUGGACGUGAAUGAGCUGGAAAUCAGGCCCUACACACAGGUGGCCGCACGCUUGCAGAGAUGAGCGAGGUCGUUACAGACCUCGAUCAACAAGCGGCGUGUCGCUAAAAGAGUCACUGACGAUGAGCAAAGGAUAGAGCCGGAGGACAGCCAGCGAUUCCAGGAGUCUGAGAUAUACCAACAGGCGGAACGGAUCGUGGAGGACUUUCAAAAGCCAUUACAGGAAGUCGUGCUGGAGAGGGAGUUGGUGUUGGUCCGGAACUUCCUCGUCCUCAACAUUAUUAUUGACAACGGUCAGAGGGUGGGGCCCUCGUCAACUUUAAGCUGCGGCAUUUGAAGAAUGCCGAGCUGCAGGGGGACUGCCGUGUGUGUGUGAUCGCAGCCCACAAGACUGGUCAGAUCUCGCCAGUGACCCUGGUGCUGGAGGAUCGUCUCUGGAGGCAGGUGCAGGGAUUCCUGAAGGGGAGAGCCAGGUUGCCUGGGUACAACAGCUCCCUGGAGGAAGACUCUGCACCUGUCUUCGUGACUUUCCCCAGCAGAACACCAUCGCCCGGACCAAUGACGACAUCAACCAUGGACCAGGCCAUCAAAUCAAUCUGGAAGGCGGCUGGUCUCGAGAAGGACAUCUCGGGAACGAAGAUGAGGCAGGGGACCGCCACAUCGGUCGGAGACAGGUUCCCCCUUUCAAAGGAAAAGUUGGCAGCUCAGAUGAAUCACCGGUCCGCCACUCAGGAUAGUUUUUAUAUCAUCACCCAGAGGAAGGCGGACGCGGUGAAGGUCACGAGAGCCAUAAAAACUGUCAUGAGGAACAGAGAUCAACUGAUGAUAGAAGACAACCCAACAGAAGAACGGGGUCCCCUCAUCGAGGAGAUAGAAGAGGAGGAAGAGAAUGUGCCAUCAAUUUCAACAUGCCAAACUGUCCAAAUACCAAGCCAUGGACGAUGGACGUUUACUGAGGGAGAGGGUGGCGUCAUUGAAGCAUUAUGGUGUGAUUUGAUAGCCAACGACUGCACAGUCAUAACAGAUCACAAGGUGGUGGACCGAGUGUCCAGGACUGAGGAGGGGAGGGCCAUAAUCCACCGCUUGGAAGUAGCAGAUCCAAGCGGUUGGAGGAAGAGGCAAGUAGAUCGGAUGAAGAACUGCAAGGAGAAGGAGAAAGUAAAUGAUAAUGAAAAUAUUUGAAAAUAACUGACUGAUUUAUUGCAUUUAAAACAUGUCUCUAAAAUUGUUAUUUACUUUUCAGGUGAAGACCCGACUGCUAGUGGCUCUGGAGUUUUUAUCGGGGGCGGAAAUGGUCCGCUCCGGGUUUUUUUUAAAAUUUUGAUAGGGCGAUGGGGGAGUGUUUAUCGGGGGCGAAAAUGGUCCGCUCCGUUUUUUUAUAUUGUGAUAGGGCAAGGAAGGAGUGUUUAUCGGGGGCGGAAAUGGUCCACUUCGUUUUUUCUUUACUGAGAUAGGGCGAGGGGGGGUGUUUAUCGGGGGCAGAAAUGGUCCGCUCCGUUUUUUCUUUAUUGUGAUAGGGCGAGGGGGAGUGUUUAUCGGGGACGGAAAUUUAAUAUGUCAUAUUUCAGUAUAUAAUAAUAUAGAUAAAAACAUUGAGAAAAUCUGAUUUACUUGUGAUGUUUUAUUUGAAACUGACAAUAUAAAUACUCAAUACAGAAGUAGA